ACAAUGGCUUAGGGACUUGCAGAUGAGACAGCUAUAAAUAUGAGAAGGUAGCUUUGAACAUUCAAACAUCCAUUCAAAAAUACCGCACUUACACGAUGUUCCCAUCCUUUCUUAUCGUUGGUGCGACAGGCAAUACCGGGCGUAGUGUCGUCGAAACGCUCUCCAAAGGCCUUCAGAACAGUCAGAACUUCGCCGACUAUCGCAUCCUCGCUCAGACGCGAUCCGCCGACAGCUCCGCGUCGAAAGAGAUUGCCAAACUGCCCAACGUUGAGGUUGUCGAGAUUCAGUGGCCGGAAAUCACCUCUGAAUGGCUGCAGGAUCAUGGAGUUGCCCGAGCCUUCAUCGCCUCUCACAACCAGCCUAACCAGUUCGCUGAGGAAUCGACUUUUCACAAUGCAGCCCUUCAAGCUGGAGUGAAGUACGUUGUGCGCAUCUCCACAACAGCAGCAAACGUGCGCCCGGACUGCAAAGCGUACUACCCACGUACGCACUGGGCCAUCGAAACUAUGCUUGAGUCGCCAGCCUUUGACAACUUACAUUGGACGUCACUUCAACCAAAUGUCUUCCUAUCAUUUUAUGUGGGUCCUGCUGCGGAUAUGAUCAGAAGAGUUCGGAGUGGAGAGAAUCCAGGCACGCUUCGAUUGAUGGCAAGUGCAGACGCACCGGUUGCAGCUAUCGACGCCAAUGACGUUGGCAUCGUCGCGGCCAAGCUCUUACUUGAGGCAGAUACUUCAGUGCACAACAAAGCGAAGUAUGUGUUGAAUGGUCCGGAGGAUAUCACAGGCAAACAAAUUGUGGCGAUGGUGGAGGAGCGGAUUGCAAUGAAGGUUGACGUCAAGUUUAAGGACAUGUCGUUCUUGGACGAAAUGGUCGCGGCUUCAUCAGAGUCGAAAAACGUCAUUCAAUCAAUCAGUCACGCCCCCGAGACCGCGUGGGACGGUUUAUGCAAGGCUGAGACGACGAGUAGGGAGAUUCUUGAGCUUGCAGCGCCGAAGGGAAAAGCUGCCGAUUUCUUAACAGUGUAAGGAGCUCAGUUUUGCUUGGAGUACUUUGCAAAUCCGAACUACUUGGCUUACCUAGGUAGUAAUCUGUACACACGUGACAUGGGCACCCCCUAUGGACCGAAGCCAUGUACUGUAUUACAAUAUUGGGCAAACGUAGAAGUAGCCAUAUUCAAUUAUAGAGGCUUUAAGACUCGCUUUUCAAAUGUCAAUGGCCACGCUGGAUUCGCCG